AGGAAUAAAGACAGGUGGAAUAUGUUGUUACUUUAUCAAUGGUUCAUAAUUGUUCUCUAAAGCUAUUUAGGAGCUCUUUUAUAUCGUCAAUUCAGUCAGCAACAUCCAAAUUUACAGCAUGGCUACGGUCUCCUGAUUUUAUAAAAUAUUUAUGUAGCACUCAUUUUUGGGGACCAGUUUCUAAUUUUGGGAUACCGUUGGCAGCGGUAGCAGAUUUAAAAAAAGAUCCUAAGCUUAUUUCUGGAAAAAUGACUGGUGCAUUGAUUAUAUACUCUGCUACGUUUGCUAGAUAUGCAUGGAUGGUGAGCCCUCGUAAUUACUUGCUUCUUGGAUGCCAUUUGGUCAAUGAAGUUGCUCAGAUUGGUCAGGGCGUACGGUGGAUAAGUAAGCAACAUGGCUUCUACUCUCACCUUGCUAAAACUGCGUUUUAGAAUAUCAUAAGUUUUCGUCUUCCA